AGACGAUCUUUGGGUGGAGGUUGCGCCAAAGCGAGGGCAGGAAUCUCACAAUAGCAGGCGGAGGAUUUUUUUUUUCGAGGCAGCGCCGAGCUAGUGGCUGUUUCAAUCAAAGGGAAGGCAGAGGGAAGGGAGGCUCUGCGGAGAGAUGUAAGAUGGCAGAGCUACAAAUGUUGUUAGAGGAAGAGAUUCCGGCCGGUAAAAGAGCGCUCGUGGAGAGUUACCAAAACCUCACCAGAGUAGCAGACUACUGCGAGAACAAUUAUGUCCAGGCCCAGGACAAGAGGAAAGCUCUGGAGGAGACCAAAGCCUACACCACCCAGUCCCUGGCCAGCGUGGCCUACCAGAUCAAUGCCUUAGCCAACAAUGUACUUCAGCUGCUGGACAUCCAGGCCUCGCAGCUGCGGCGCAUGGAGUCCUCCAUCAACCACAUCUCUCAGACGGUGGACAUCCAUAAAGAGAAGGUGGCCAGGCGGGAGAUCGGGAUCCUGACCACCAACAAGAACACGUCGAGGACCCACAAGAUCAUAGCGCCAGCUAAUAUGGAGCGGCCUGUCAGGUACAUCAGGAAGCCUGUUGACUACACUGUACUGGACGACGUCGGCCAUGGCGUUAAGUGGCUAAAAGCCAAGCAACAUGGAAACAAUCAGUCAAUCAGAGGAGGAACACUAUCGAGGACCAAUCCGCCGACGCAGAAGCCGCCGAGCCCUCCGAUGUCAGGGCGCGGCACGCUCGGACGCAACACUUCCUACAAGACCCUGGAGCCGGUGAAGCCGCCCACGGUGCCCAACGACUACAUGACCAGCCCCGCCCGACUAGGCAACCAGCACGGCCUGCAGCACAGCCCCGGGCGCACGGCGUCGCUCAACCAGAGGCAACGCACACACAGUGGAAGCAGCGGGGGUAGCAGCAGCAGGGAAAACAGCGGCAGCAGCGGUAUUGGCAUUCCCAUCGCCGUGCCUACACCAUCCAUCCCCAACUCUGGACCAGUGGUGGCCCCUGGGCCUGGUCUGGGACCCGCUCCAAUGUCCCAGUUUGGAACCAUCUCGCGCCAGAUUUCACGGCACAACCCCUCCAACUCCUCUGUCUCUAUGGUUUCGGCCACGGGCACCUACCGCCGGGCGCCGUCGGUCACUUCCCAGUUCUCCUUGCAGCAGCAGCAACAGCUACAGCAGCAGCAGCAACUACAGCAGCAGCAGCAACUACAGCAGCAGCAGCAACAGCAGCAGCAACCUCAUAUUAAUGGAGGCACUCCUGGCUAUGGCCAGAACUCAAUGUCUAUCGCUCCUCCUCCUCCCCCCAUGCCCCAGCUGACUCCACAGAUACCACUGACUGGCUUUGUGGCCAGGAUGCAGGAGAGCAUUGCAGAUACUCCUACUCCACCUCCUCCUCCGCCUCCAGAUGACCUGCCCAUGUUUGACGACUCUCCUCCACCUCCGCCGCCUCCUCCAGUUGAUUACGAGGAGGAGGAUGCUGCCGUCGUGCAGUACAGCGACCCCUACGCUGAUGGAGACCCACAGUGGGCCCCCAAGAGCUACGUCGAGAAAGUGGUCGCCAUUUACGACUACAGCGCUGACAAGGAGGACGAGUUGAGUUUCAUGGAGGGGUCAAUCAUUUACGUCAUCAAGAAGAACGACGACGGCUGGUUCGAGGGCGUCUCCAACGGCGUCACUGGACUGUUCCCCGGCAACUAUGUGGAGUCCAUCAUGCACUACGCCGACUGAAGGGACCUCGCAGUAACAGUAAAGUCUAUUUAUUCAGUCGUAUCAUAAUCCACUGAGAGACCGACCGCCGCAAUCUUGACUUCUGAGACGCAUAGACAUGACUGUAUGAUCUCCUUUUGAUAUGACACAAUGUCCUUUCCCUUACUGAUUGCAAAUAAAAUGGAAAGUGAUAUCUAUUUAGUUUAUUUUGGUGUUAUAUGGGCGGGUGGGUGACAUUUAUGGAAUAUGUAAAAAAAAAAAAAAAAAAUGUUUCUAAAGAGUUGGACUGCACAUGCUCAUGCCGGUUGAACUCAAAGGCAAUGGUCACACAGCUGAAGGAUGUACGACAUCAUGCCUGGACAAAAGAAAUUAACGAUUCAGAACCGAAUCCCAUGUAAACGAGAGUAUUUGGUUUGAUGGAACAAAUUAAAUGUUUACCAUGUCAUGUGAACACCUUCAGUGGAAGUGUCUGUACUUUCCGUUGUAUAUAAUGUGAGCUGCAGCCACUUGGGGUUCUGUAAUGUGAAUUCAGUGAAUGUCGAUUGUAUGAUACUUUUCACUAGUGGCACCCUCAGCGACUCCAUACGGCUCAUUCGUAAAAAUAACAUGGCCGGUUAAUAAUUUACAAAUUUAAGUACUGCGUAUGGUAUUUUAAAGAUGAACAAUUACUCCUGAAAAAUCAGUCUCGGCGUUAAAGCAUGCAAACUUUUAAGAGAUAUAAUGUAGUAUUACAUUUGCCAUUAUGCUUCCAUUAUGUUGUAAAUGUAUUCACCUUUUUAAUUUUUAUGACACUGUUGAAAUCACUGAACUUUUUAGAUUUGAAGUAAAUUUCAGGCUUCCUUAUGGUCUCUCAAUGCCGAUUUGCAUUUCAAUCAUAAAAAUGAAAUGGAGUUUACUUUUUCAUACAUUUGGAUCCGUUUGACGCAAGAUAACGCAUUCCAUUUAGCAUUUUAAGAUUAUGUCACGUCCCGGUUAUUCAUUUUAUACUAAUCCACAUCAAAUCUCUAGGAUCCAUUGGUAACUGGCAAUAAUGAACUGUGCUUCUGAUAGACAGCAGAUAGUGUGCAGCGAUAAUUAGGCUGGAAUUGUCGUGCCUGACACUGCCAUGCGACAAUUCUGAUGUAACGUAGACCAAUAAACAACUCUGAUACCUCCUCAGCCGUCACAAAGCAAAGAUGACCUGCUCUGGGUUCAAGGAGCAUGUUGAAUGCUCUGAACAUGAAAUCCUCUGGGCUGCAAAGGUGUUUAUAUUUUAACUCAAAGUAAAAUCAGCCAAUCAAUAUCCGCUGUCACUCAGGUCUAGGAAUCAUCUUGACAUUGUAUUUUUUCUGUUGGACCUUGGACGUACCAUCUAACAUGAACUCAUUUUUGACUGUUCAAACUGUUGACUGUAUCAUUUAAGGAUUCUGCAGCCUACGCCUUCAUAUUUUACCAGUUUGCUUAAGAAAUUUCCAAU